AUGCCAAGUAACACCACGCCCUUGGCGGUUCCUUGGCGGUUUUUCUUAGCCAGAACCCGACUUCUUGGUCCAAAGACAACUCGGAUACCCCUACACCCCGUACCGUGCGGUUGGACCUCUGGGAUCGUCCCGGCCACGGGUGAUACCAGCCCGUCCAGACUCAGCCCAAACUUCGUUCCUCCGAUGGCACCAAAAGGGCACCGAUCCACGACCACUUAA